AUGAAUUUUUUUCUCAUGAAAGAGCGGCUUCAGAACGAACAGAUUGGUGUUGGAUUUCAAAGUGUACGCACGAUGUGGUCGCGAGACAUGCCUCGAGAGGAGCGGAUUCGAAGCUCUCGAACGCCGUCGACGAUGGCAUCUUCGACCACGUCUUCUUCUCACAAUUUUCAUCAUUCGUCGAAUAAUUCAUCGCCGAUGACCACGAGAGAGGACGACGGUGCGAGUGGGAGUCCCGAUUUUGGAAAGGCCGCGCGCAGCAGUCAUCAUCAUGGAAAAGUCGAUUUUGGAGGCACACUCGUCAUCGACGAACGGACGCCUUUAUCGUCGCUCAAAGAAAACAAGAAUAGCAAUACUAAUAAUAAUAACAUCGGGAACAUCGUCAUCAAACAAACGCCGGAAGGGUUACCGAGAAUUAAAACGAAGAAAACAGAGGACAAAACGCAGCGAAGCGAAUUCGGUUGGCGAGACUUCUGCCCAGGCGUGGUCUCCGUCGCGGUGGCGUUUUUCCUCUUCAGCGCGGCGAACGUGGUGUGGAAAUCGGGGAAAGCGGAGGAAUGGUACGAACAGUUUCGAGGCCACGCGAGAUACGUCGGCCCGGCGACGUGUUUUAGAGACGCGAAAUUGAGCGAGGAGCACUGCUUACCGCACUUUGCGAUUCUCGGCGCGAGUACGAGCACGGGGCGGUUGCGAGCGGCGCUGAAGGAACAUCCGAUGAUUGAUAGCGAUGCGAAAGCGGUGCACUUUUGGAACACGCCGUACGGGACGAGAGCGAGUGGUGGGGAGAUGUGCGAAGGGCAUCAGAGCGAGAGAGGCGCGGCGAUGUUGAAGGCGUACGUGGACGCGCUCGUGCCGAAAAAAAUCAAGCGAGGCGAGGCGAGGGACAGUCGAGAAGUCAUUCCAACCGGGACUUCCUACGAUAAGGAUAAACAUAAAGGGAUGAUUUACGGAGAUUGGUCGGAUACGAGUUUUAGUUGUUCGUGUUGCGCGAAAGCGAUGAGGAACACGUUGCCACGAUUAAGGCCGAUUGUUGUUUUAAGCGAUCCGAUUGAGAGAGCGAUGGAGAGGUACGCGAUGGAGAGCGUGGAGAGUAGCAAUGAUAGCGGUGAUGAUACGAACGCGGCGAAUUACGGCGGCGUCGGGGCGUGCGCGAAAACGUCAAAAUCCUCCGUUCAAGCGUUCCAAAAGAUGAAGCGCGAUUUGAACAACUGCGGCGGUUUUAGCGGCUCGAACGAGGACGAUUUGAGCAAGUGUUUGGACGCUCACCCGGUACUCGGCGCGUCGAGGUACGACCAUUACUUGUCUCUGUGGAAAGACGCGUUUCCGAAUUUGUUGGUGUUGUUCGAGGAAGAUUUCUCCGGCAAAGAUAAUUUGGAAGCGACAACGAGACGCGUGGAGGAGUAUUUAGGUUUGCACGAGCACGACGGGUACGACUUUGGGCAAAUCUGGAACGCCAUCGAAGGCUUGGAAAAGAACGCCAAGAGAAAGCAAUACAACGACGAAACGAAAACGGCCAUUCAUGACGAGUUACACGAAGACAUUCGUCUCUCUGCGAUUAAGAACUUGCGAGUGAUGGCCAAGCACCACGACGCGCCGGAAAUCCCAUCCGAGUGGGUCCAAAAAUACUCCGAUCCUUCAGAAACGACGACAACCAAAACAGACCAGCUCGUCGCCUCCCAAGUGGACGCGUCUAAAAACAGUCGACGAAUGCUCAAAGACUGGACGCCACAAACCGCGAGAGGUAAACUCUACGGUCAGCCUACUUCCUUCUCCGCGUUCGACGUCGAACCGAAAAUUCUCGCCGAACUCAAAGACGAAGAAAACAAAGAUCAUCAAUUCGCGUUUGUUCCGGUGUUGCACAAACAAAACGCCUUGCGCGUGGCGAACCAAUUCCGCGCGAACGGCGAAUGGAUCACCGAACUCGGCUUGACCGAGUCGCAAAAAUCGACCACGUUUCGCGAGUUAUGGCGAGAGGAUUGCACGCACGCACAGCAAUGGGACGCGUCCGUUGGGUGUUGCGGAGAGAGUUGCUGCUUCGACGACGACGACGACGAACAACAACAAUAA